UGUUGUACAUCAUCCAUCGAGAGAACAUGCUGGCAUGCAGAAUGAAUGUGAGCGCGUUAGUUUUCAUUUACUUUUAUAGUUUAUAUAUCAUCGAAGCCAUUGUGUUGCGAGAAUUCAGAUGUCCUAAAAAAAAUGUUCCUCAAGAUAAGUUCCAAAAUUUAGAUUGUGAAAAACAGACAGUUAGUAAUCCUGAUGCGAAUGAAAACAUUCUGCUGUCAAAUUUAGCUAAACUUCUUGAUGAAGAUUUCAAGACCGACGCUGUAGAAGAGAAUGACAACACAGAAGUGUUAUCAACGGGUUUGAAUAAUAUUUCUGAAGACGUGUUUAUUGAAGGGGAAGAAAAAGUUCUAAAGACGGCAAUCUUAAUCUCUGAUAUGAAUGGUUUCUCCAAUCUUGCUGGUGAACAUUUAUCAAAUUUUACAUCUAUUUCUUUCAGUUUAUCAGAAAGGUUAUUGAAAGACUCUGACACUGGAAAUCUGAGCCUGAACAUUAAUGAAAAUUCUACUGAAGCGGCAUUCGAUUUAGAUGUAUCUGAAAGUGCUAUAAAGUCAGAAACUCUUCCAGUUCUUGUUUCGGAAAUCCAUAAUACUUCGCUUGAUAUUAAUCCAUUAUUUUCAAAUCCGCCUGCACCUAGUGUUACAAGCAAUUUUUCAUCUGCUGAGAAUCUAGUUCUUGAAUUGACAGUCUCGGGAAGUAACGAAGAUGAUAAGGUGAUAACACAAGAUAUGGAAAAUGAAAGCUUCCUAGAAGAGGUUUCAGAUACUGGCUCUGAAUAUAUAACACAAAUUGAGAUAAACAAAAGUGCUAAUGCACUAAUGCACAUAUCGAAUUUUACGGAUGAAUUGUCCACUAAUCAUGCAAUGAUGGAAGAAAAUUACAAUCCUUUAAUAGACGAAGUAUUUAUUCCUGGAGAACGUGUUCUUCAAUCUAAUCGUAAUUUGUCAGAGGAAAAACUGAUCUCUUCCGGAGAUAUUAAAGUCGCGGAAAAUAACUUGGAAUAUCUCGAUGAACUUGAACCUUUCUCGGAGUCUGCCACAAGAAAUUCUCAAAAAAUGCAAAAAGAAAAGAAUGCAACAGAAGACUUAUUUACUAAAGAAGUUAAUGUUAUGACAAUACGUCCAACUCUCGCUGAAAACAUCUCCGAAACAUUAGUGGUUCCAGAAUGUCCACCACCUGGCAUUUGCUUUUUCUGGUUUCUUGCUCAAGACACAUGCGCACAGAGCAGCCACUGCCACGGAUCUCGAAUUUGUUGCAAAAUCAGGUGUUCAAAAACUUGCAUUGAAAUUUAAGUAUAAAAAUCGUAAAUAUUUCUAAUAUAAUCCAGUGGACAUAAUUUUUGCACGGAGUUUGAACAAAGCCAAAGUUUUUAGCAUAGUUUUUAAAUCUGAAAAUAAUUCAGAAUUAUAUUUUAUACUGAUAACUGAUUCUCAAUGUUUAUGCUCUUUAUUGGCGUUAUAUUUUCGUUAGAGAGCAAAUGCAGCUAAUGCCGUUUCAGAUAUUUUAGCAUUCAAAAAGUAUAAUGUGUAAUAAAAGUUACUUUUAUCAAUUUUAUGUAAGCCAAUUUUUAAUGCUUUCUCUAAAAAUACUUUUGAAGAAGCGCACCUCUGAAUAAGACAGUGAUAAUCAGUGCUUAAUUUGUUUCUUUAUAAAAUGAAAAUUAAAUUUGCCAAACCAACAAGUUUAUUUAGUUUACUUAUUAUAAGACUAGUCCCUUAAUAAUUGUAUCUGAUGUGUGGUUUAUAAAUGCGCAUAAUAUUUAACGGUACCUGUUAUCCCGGCUUACAUUUUCAUGGGAAUAAUUUUUUUAGCAACAGCACGUUUCCAGUGCCAUUCUGUGAAACCCACUAAACUGUUAAGACAGUUCUAACUUCUAAGUUUGAUUCUUGUUAAAGUGGAGUCCGUAUAACCCUUUGACGACAUUUGAAAUUUUCACAUUACAGAUUGAAAGAUUAACUCUGCUACUUCUGAUGACCAAGCACAAUUAUUAAUUUGACAAAGAAGCACCGCCUCAAAUGUUAGCCUUGUUCUGGUUCCUACCACAGCAAAUUCUGUAAGCUGUACAAGAAAACGUACCAGAUACAGCUUACAGAACAUGUACUUUUUCAUUAACUGCGUAGCUGCUAAAGGGAAGAAAUCAUAGCCCGUCGGCUAUGUUCAAAUUUUAUAUCUAUUCUAAAUUCAUGUACUGAAACAUCGAAAGAAAAAAUUCAGAUUGUCAUCCGGUAUGUUUUCUUGUAGAGAGAGGGGGGAGGCAGAAAGAAAGGGGUUAUCGAAAUUUCUUUGCCCAAUAUUUUUUAAUAGAUGCACAGAAAUGCUUUACACAUCGAAGAGUCAGGUGCUCAUUAUUUGGACUGUCUGCUUUGCUUAAUACAUUUCACCGUAGACCCUUAUUAAAUUAAAAUAUUUGCAAUAUUA